CUUCUAAUGAUGUCAAUUCCAUCUCCUCCUCAUGCUGGUGAUAACCCUACUGACAUGAGUAGUCCACACAUAGAUACCCACCAAGAUCUCUUUCCGGAUUACUGUGGCGGAACAGCUUCUUCUCCAUCUGCACCAAAAGAUGAAUUUCAGGGAAAUGAUUCUGAUAAUGGAAGUAACAAAGACGAAUUUCUGGGAAAUGAUAUCAAUAAUGGAAGUAACAAAGACGAAUUUCCGGUAACUGAUAUCCAAAAUGGAAAUAACGAUUGUCCUUCUGUAAUUGAAGAGAAUAAUUUGCCUGCACCAGCUCCAGUUCCACUUGAUAGUAUACCUGAACCAGUACCAGUUCCACCUGGCAGUAGCGGGGAAGGUUUACCUUAUGCUCCUAUACAUUGGCCGAAUGCUGGUGAUAUUUGGAGCUGGAAAGUGGGGAAGAGAGUCAACACUUCUGGCUUCUUCAAUGAUAGAUUUCUCAGUGUUCCAGAAAGUCUUCGAAAGACAAAUGUUCCAAAAUUCUUUACAAGCAAGCCGAUGCUUGAACGUUUUAUCCUAUCAACUUUCCCGGAUGCAGAUAUUGACUCAUUCUUUGCUUCAUUUGUUUGGAAGGUCCCUGCCAUUUUGGAACCUUCUACCAAAGCUCUCACCCCUUCAGCCCCAGCAGAAGCAGCUCCAGCAGAGGAAGAUGACAAAAAAGAAAUCGACAAAAUAACUCCUCGUAGAACCAAUAGGAAGAGGGCACCUCCCCCUUCUCCAUUCAUUGCUCCGACUCCGACUCCCAGUGACAGUCAAAAAAUGCUGAAGAAACCUAAAGGAUCAGACAAAUCUAAAAGAUCAACCAAACCUGAAAGAUCAGCUAAACCUCAGGGAUCAGUCAAACCUAAGCGACAAACUCGCCAGAGCCUUAAAGAUUCCGCCCGGCCUCAAGUUGAAAUUCAAGAUACAAACGAUGGUCUUGAUGAUGUGUCUUUCUUAGACGAUGAAGCGGGAAGAGCGGAGUUCGACAACUACCUCAAUUCAUUGGAUGAGAUUCUUGUUCAGCCUUGGUUUCAAGAACCAUUUUACCAGCCGGCAACAAUGCACAACUUCUUUGCAGCAGAAGUCGAAAUGGCUGAAGCUCAAAGGAAACUAUCGUCAUUUCUCAAUAUGGAUUUUCCUUCAUUGAUUUGCUUCAAAGACGUUGACGAACUCGCGAGUCUUGCGUCCAAACUCCAGAAGGAUCCUACCCUUACUGCAGAACAACUUGUAAAACUGAAGUUAAUUGAAGAGAUUCCAACAUUUGGCAUAGUGUUCCUCGAGAAUAGGGAAGUAAUGGAGCAGGCAGAUCAGUUCUUUAGAACCCUUAAGGAAAACAAGGCCAAGGUUGCCUCACUGAAACAAGAAUAUUGUGAGAUAAAUCAAGUGGUAACAAAUCUAGAGUCCGAGGUAAAUUCCACCACAAUGGCCGUGCAAAACAUCGACGAUCAGAUAGCACAACUUGAUGCUCGUCGUGCCGAGGUCAUGAAGCUGAUAGAUAAGAAGAAGAGAGACAAGGAUGAAUUGAUACACAACCAAAAGCUGGUGGCAAAUUCGAUCCCGAAAGUUGUACACGAAGUUCAACUCGCUAACGCCAGAAAACCAGAAUGGGAGCUAAAGAAGGAAAGUGGAGUAAGGCGUGAGGCCGAAAUACUUGCUAGAUUUGCUCCUCUAAAAGGGUUUUCCCUUUGAAAAAUAACAAUGUCAUUGUCUGCUAAGGUUGUAUGAUUAUGAAACUGCUAUUUUGUAGUGCUUCAUCAAUGGGGGAGUGUUGGAACCCAAACUGAUACAAUCAUUUAUUGUUUGUAUUUUAACUUACUUUAGAAUUGGUAUAAAGUGAUCAUGAACUUAUUAUAA